AUGGACAUUGCCUCACUUGUGGAUCCGCAGAACGUACAUUAUGAGGAGCUGUUGCUAAAGGACCCAGACAACGAGUCGCUUUGGCUUGACUACUUCGAGCUGGUCCAGGACGAUUUCCGCAAGUCUCAGUUUGUUCUACAUCGUGCUGUCACCCAGCUCCCAGCCUCCACGCUCUUGUGGAAUGCCUAUCUCCUGCUUCCUUGGACACCAACAGACAACGAAAAGCUUCUUUCCUUGUACGAGCUUGCCUUGCUGGUUUUAAACCCCACGCCUUCUCUAUGGUUGAGAUACCUCGCUCUCGCGAUGGAGUCAUCUCCAGCUGAAGCAGUUGACUUUUCCUUCAACAAAGCGCUCAUGAGUCUAGACGAGCAGUACCACGGACCCAUUUGGACAAAAUACUUGGCCUUCGCCGACACUGUGAGAGGAAAACUCGGCGCUUCAAUCUACAGACGCUUUUUCGCUGUUUGUGGUCGCUUCUCCGAUGGACCAGACAUCAUGGCAGACGUGUGUAUUCUCCAAAUUGCCAGGUUUGGCGAAAUCAGCUCCACGAAGAAACUCUUCAACCAGUUGUGGGAAAAGAAGUAUAGUUUGUCCCACCUUCUAAGUCUGGUGGUGUUGGAGUACUGCAAGAUUCUUAGGUGUGACAAAAAUUUCGGCGACACAGAAUAUUUUGAAUCUGUGGUUGAUAAGGCUCUCUUGAGCUUUAUGGAUAUGGGACCCGAAUUCCACUUAGAACUAGCAUCUUAUUAUGUUCUGCGAAAAGAGUUUGAAAAGGCCCAUCAUCAGUUUCAACUUGGCCUUAACUCAGCAGACUCUGUCAAACAAAUGACAUAUUUAUUCAGUGCAUAUGCUGAUUUUCAGCACAAAGAGCUUACGCAGUCUGAACUUCCAGAGGAGCAACUAAUGUUGCGAUUGGAUAUAUACGAAAAAUUUCUCGACAACCUGUCCCGACUCGUGAAUGAUGUCCAUCUCAAGAAAAACCCAAAUAAUGUGGACUAUUGGCUAGAUCGAGCACAAUUGUAUGAGCAAGCAAACGAUAAAAAUCAAAUGCUUAGCACUUUGGUUAAGGCUAUUACUAGCAUUAACCCUUUGAAAACCACCUCUACCCGUGGCAAAAGUCUAGUGGAUUUAUGGAAAGUAUAUGCAAAUGUCUACAUUUGCCAGAACGAUUUUGAGACAGCUAAUAUUAUAUUUUCAAAGGCCAUAAAGUCGCAGUUUAAAACACCUGAAGAGCUUGCGGAAAUAUACAUAACAUGGACUGAGACACUAUUGCAAAGUUACGACGAUAGCGUUGCCUUGGAGAAUUUAGAACGUGUUCUUUUCGCAGACCAGGAUGAUGUUGAUUAUGAGGAUUCUUCCAUAUCGGUUCAGCGCAGAUUGCAUAAAUGCACAAAGCUCUGGGAAUUCUAUUUUGACCUCUUGAAAUCUAUAUUUCAAGAUGAUAAUGACGAAAGUAUUCUACAGAAAUGGAGUAAUGCUUUUGACCGGAUGAAAUCCCUUAGAAUCAUCUCCAUCAGAGUGGUUCUCGAUUUUGCAGAUUUUUUACAAGAACAAAAAUUAUGGGAACGUUCCUUUUCAAUUUACGAGACAGGCUUAUCAUGUUUCAAUGCCCCUCAAGCAAAGUAUGAGAUAUACAAGCGAUACAUCUCGAGAGUACUCUCAUAUGAUAGGUCGAACAAGGAAAAGAUACGGGAUCUUUUUGAUCAUUGCAUAUCCCAUCACGAUAUUCCUGGCUACCUUGCGAAAUCGAUUUAUGAAAUGUACUCUGAAUUUGAAAAGCAAAACGGGUCAAUUGUGAAGUCGAAAAAUAUCAUACAGCAGGGCAUAUCUUACCUUACUUCAUCAUUUAAUUCAAACACGAAGAGAUACACAAAAACACAACUCAACCAAAUUGCAGAUGAUAAGUUUGAGCUAUACAAAAAACUACUUUCUUUGACGUCAGACUUGAAGGACGCAGAAUUGCAAAGAGAAGUGUACUCCGAAUCUAUUCAGGACAUCCAUUUAUCAUUUUCUCAUGUUAUUGACCUCGGCAUGGAAUUCAUCUCUUUUGAAGUCAAGAACAAUGAGCUUCACAGAGUGCGUGCUUUAUUUAAACAUCUUGUUGGUCUCCGGAACCCUGAAAACCCCAUCAUGUCUACGGUGUGGCAACAAUGGGAAACGUUUGAGGUACAGAACGGGAACGAAGCUUCUUUCAAGGAUAUGCUUCGACUCAGGCGGAGACUCAUACAAGAGUCAACGGAGCGUGAUACAGCUAGAGAUGAAUUGAAUCCAAUGGGCUUUGUCAAAAGCUUGAGCACAGGAAACGGAAGCGCAAAUGCUAAAUCUACAGAAGUCAGCGAUCCCAAUGCAAUUGAAUUGGAUAUGGAUGUAUAG